CUCAUUUUUCUCAACAUUACUCAGAGCAUCGGAGGUCAUAAAUCAUGCAAGCUGUCCGGCUGUCAUCGCGCUCAGCGGCUCGAUUCAAGCAUGGCGUUCCACUCACCCUCACGCGAGCUCUGAGCACGCCCUCAUCGUCGUCCGAACCGUCUCUAGCCUCGUUCUCCGCCUCUCAAAACCGUCAACCAUGGUUCGUCGACGAUACUGAACCUAUAUACGCAACACCACGACCUCAAUCCAUCCGCAAUUCUCCUGCGUUCUCACCACUCCUUCCGUCACUGCCUCCUACCAUACCCGACGAACUGAAAGAGCUUCACUCUGCGCUCGCACUUUCACCGCAUCUGGAGCCUUCAGCACUUGUGGUAAGAAGGCCACUGCCUACUCCUCCAGGACCUCCUCCUCUAGAGGAACAAUUGCCAAAGGGCAGGAGAAAGAGGGGUCGGACGUAUGUCGGUGAGGGUGUAAGAGUUGGGAAUGGGUUAUUGGAAGGUGGUAUUUGGAGUUGGGUUGUGCUUGCUCAGGUGAAAGAAGGCACGGAGAAUAGGGGCGCCAUCGAAUCGGUAGUGCGCAUUGUACGGAAAACACUACUAGGCAUGAACCCACCACUUCCACUUCCUCCGAAUUCGAGGAGAAAGAUCAGUGACGGCUGGGCUAUGAUAGACGCAGGCGACUUCGCGGUUCACGUCCUCAGUCUCGAGGCCAGGCUAAAAUUCUUUACUGACCGGAGUCAGUGGUAGACUGGGUCUUGUCGUUGCAUCCUGUGUGAGCGCUCCUUGGGGUAAUAUACUAUCC